UAUCUGUUACGCAUUUGAAAUAAAAUUCUAACGGAUCGUUUUGAGAAAAAUCUAAAGAUCCUCGAGAUUAAUCAUUAACAAUGACCGAAAAUUGUUUCAACAAGUUACUAGAGCACGGGCAAAAAUUUGACGAAGGAGUCAAGAAACUGACCGAGACGUGGCGAUAUCCUCAAAGAAUAUUGGGAGGUUAUGGCGCAGAUUUGCAAGCAGCGGAAGCCUCUGUGAAAACUUUAAAAGCCGAUCUGUUGGAGUUUCAGAAAAAUGUUAACAACGAUGCCGAAUCGAGAAAAAGCAACAUAUCUGAGAUAGAAACAUUUUUAGAAGAGUCGCAACAUGUUUACGAAGAUAUCCUGCAGUCAUGCAACGACAUGGAGACCGUCUUAUCGGAGUAUGGAUAUGAAAAUCCGCAAGAUGAGAGUGUCGAGCAGUCAGAGUCAGACUCCGCUGUGGAUUCUAGCCUAAUUCCAUCUGAUGUGACUGACGAUCUUUUGGAAGUUGAGUUUACUCCGAAUAUGACUUGGCGUCAGAAAACGAAAACAAUGGGAAUGCCGUAGCAUCAAAUUGCAUGCAGCGUGAAUGUAGAUAAGUCGUACUAAUCCUAAACUAUUUGGCAUACAUCAGUUGCAUAAAAAACAAAGAGUCGAAGUUAUAGCGAGUCAGUGAAUACAAGUCCCACUUUCUUGAAUAAUUCUACUAAUGAUCUGAACUCGUUUGUUUUUAUUGCCAACUGAUGAUUCUGCGUGAUCGUAUAUAUUCAUAAUUCGAAUUCAAGUAUCAUUUAAAGCCCUAAUUAUAUUUCUGUAAUAUUGCUCUAUUCUAUUUUUGUAUGAAUAAACAAUUUAGAUUAAUUCAAGUAAGCGGUUCUGAUCAAAUUUGCUGCAUCAUUCCGUAAAUUUGGUAGGCUUAAGUACAAAUUUUCACAUAGUUUUUCCCAGUCAUUAAGACUUAUGCUAAUGAUUUUUUAUACUAUACUCUGAAUACGCACAGAUAUUACAAACAAUUCAGUCGUAUAUAGGCUGAUAUAAUAUUUGAGACCAGUUUUGUGUUUUAUACUAUAUAUAAUAAAUGUAUAAUGUGUAAACUUAAAUUAAAAAUGGAA